UCUUUCAGGAAGUUCAAGUUCUUUAUCUACAGAAUAAAAUUUAUCACUUGGAGAAGGCAAAGAAAAGUGUUGAGAGUGAGUGCAACACUCUUACUCAGCACUUGGAACAUUACAAGACAAAGGCACAAGAAUGGAAGAACAGUGCAGUAAUGGAGAAAAUGGGUGGAGAGAAGACAAAGAAAGAACUAGAACAACUGUGUACUGAAAAUAAUCAGUUGAAGAAUAAAGUGGAAGAGAUGCAUAGCCAUAUUGAACGUCUUCAGUUUGAUUUGGGGCACAAGAGAGAAAUUCUUGACAAACUGGAGAAGGAGAAGCAAGAACUGUCUCAGAAGCUUCAAACUAACACUUUCACAUCCACAUUGGGAUCUCUGAACCAAAACAAACAACCAUCAACAGAGAUGGAAGCUGCAGGCUGUAUAAAUAAAGGUGCAAGUAACGUUGGUAAAACUGUGGGUUUCAGAAGCACUCGACUAAGUACUCUCAAUGCCCCACUACCAACUCAAACUUCUGUUGAACGUCUCCCUUUCAUUCACACUUCAGAAGCUCCAAAAAAUUCUGUAGGAAAACCUGUGUGGCAAAGUAGGAAUAAAGAAAAUAAAGACUAUUCUAAGUACUAUACUGCAUCUGGAGCCAGUAAAAAGUCAGAUGAUGAUUGUAAAACUCAGUGAAUUAAGAAUUAUGCCAGAAAGUAAAUAUGCUAAGCAUAUAAUGAACUUAUGAAAUGUUAACAACAGGAACAAAAUAAUCAUAGCCUGCAAGAAAGCAUUUCAUAUACAUGUAACUUGUAUAGACUGGGAAAGGUGAAAAAAAAAAAAACUGGCUAGUGGUAGGAAAUUUUUAAUACUGAUCUGAAGGCGAUUGUGCAUAUAGAAAC